AUGACCUUGUAUUGGAUACCCACUGCCUAUGCAAUCUAUGUUUAUGUGCAUGGUUACUUUUUAUCUUUUCCAGAAAGCCCUACUAAAGUAAACCGUGGUGAAACCAAACAUCUUGCAGAUGCCUCAGGGUCAGACAAAACAGAAAGGACAACAAAGAGGUCCAGAAUAUCAACCAUAAGGAGAAUAUUUGACAUGGCAAAACACCGAACAAAGAGGUCUCCCUUCUUCUCAACUGGUGUGAAAGUUUGUCCACAAGAAUCAGUGAAGCAGAUUUUAGCCAGUCACCAAGCUUACUACAGAUUAAGAGUAUGCCAGGAAGCUGUGUGGGAAGCCUUUCGUAUUUUUCUGGAUCGGAUUCCUGAUACUUCUGAAUAUCAGAACUGGGUUACUGCCUGCCAGAGGGAAACCUUCUGCAUAUUCGACAUUGGCAAAAACUUCAGCAAUUCCCAAGAGCACCUGGAAAUAAUUCAACAGCGAGUAAAACAUAGAGCCUUCCAGGAAAGGAAAGAUGAAUUAUCCACGGAGAAAACGGGUGGCAAAAAGCUGGAAGACACUCCUUCCAUUUCUACAGGCUCCCCUGGGACAGCCCUCACUCCUUACCCACCAGUACCUAGCGGCACACUGCUCAACGAAAUUGUUGACACCAAGGCUCCUGUCAAGGAGCUGGAAACAAAUACAGUCCCAGAAUUGCCUGUGGAGCAAAUGGUAGAAUUCAGUGUCACUCUCACUGAUCACCAGUACACAGCUGAACUUAAUGAUCCCAACUCCCCACAGUACCGACAACUCGCUGCCAAAUUUCAGCUGCAGAUGCAAAAAAUAUUUGAGAAACUUCCAGGAUUCAAAGAAAUUCACGUAUUAGGAUUUAAAGAGAAGAAGGAGAAAGAUGGAUCAAGCAGCACCGUAGCACGAUAUGUGGUAAACUUUGAGAGAGAUGGCUCUGAUUUGAAAAGCACAGGAGAUGACAUCUCCACUAUUGGAUCCAAUAAGGUGGAAAUUCCACUUCAUCCAAAGGAAGACAGGGAGAUAUCAGCAAGUAAACUCUCAGUGACAGACCUUCAGCAGCUGGUUGCCAUUGCACUCCAUGAAGACCAGUCCUUGCCAAUGGACCUUGGAACACUUCACUUUACUGAUGACUCUAUUAUAACAUCUACUGAAUUUGAUAAUGAUAUCCAGGCCAUGGUCACUAUUCCUCUGGCAGGCCCUGGUUUGGAGGACUCCAUGAGUGUGGAACUCCCACUAGGUUACCCCAGCCCAGCAACAGCAGACCAAGCAGGAGGCAUCUUGGUCGACGAGCUUACAACUGGGAUUCCUGUGCCAAGUGGAGAGAUCAGUGCCCCUGAAGACUUGAGUAAUUUUGUUACAUCUGAACCUGCAUUCCCUACCAAACCCCCCAAAGAACCAGCUCAGGACAAAUCUCCUCCAGACUCAGAAGAUGCAGCUACUGACCAACAAAGUUUCACAGUGCCUUUCAGUGUUCUGGGUAGCACGAGCAGCCCUGCAAAACCAAGGGACUCUUAUCUGCCUCCUCCAGCAGAUGAUUCUGCUAGCAAUGACUUAAUCACUGAUGGCUAUGGGCAGGCUACCAUGCUGGCAGGUUACACCACAGGUGGCUUUACUCCACCUGAUCUCCUGCAAGCUGAGGAUGAGAAGAAAGGAGGUGACCAGGACAGUCUGUCUGGACAAGCAGUGAAGAUCACAGAUGAAUCAGAAUCAUCAGGCGAUGACAUUUUAGUGACAUCCAGCAUUUACAAAACAUUGCCUUUCUUUAUUGCUUCGAGUCAUCUCUCUACUCUGGAGCCUGGAGUUCUCAUUACAGAUGUGGCACCAGCAGGACCACUGCCUGCAGCAACCAGCUCAUCCUUCAGCCACUCAGAGAUCAUUGAACAGUCCCUUGAAGUACCAGAUUCCUCUGUGCCAGCAUCUGAGAGCAUUGCUCCUGAUGGCACUGGGGCAGGAGUGCAGGAUAUUGCUGCUGAGUUAGAUCAAAUCAGUGUGCUGAGCACAGCAACCCUGGAUGAAGUGGAGCACAGCAGUGGUUAUAUCUCAGAGACUGCAAAAGCCACCCCAGCUCCCACACUGCAGUAUGUCACUACCAGCUCCAUGACAACUGCAGCCAAAGGCAAGGAGUUGGUGGUUUUCUUCAGCCUGAGGGUAACCAACAUGCAUUUCUCUGAUGACCUCUUCAACAGGAGUUCGGCAGAAUACAAAGCACUAGAGCAACAGUUCAUGCAGCUGCUACUCCCAUACCUUCAGUCCAACCUUACAGGUUUUAAGCACCUGGAAAUACUUAACUUCAGGAAUGGAAGUCUGAUUGUGAAUAGCAAAAUGAAAUUUGCCAGAACUGUGCCAUACAAUAUCACAGAAGCAGUACACUGUGUUUUGGAAGAAUUCUGUGACGUUGCAGCCCAGCACCUCAAUUUGGAGAUUGACAGCUACUCCCUGGAUAUAGAGCCAGCUGACCAGGCAGACCCCUGCAAAUUCAUGGCCUGUGACGAGUUUUCCGAAUGCAUCCUGAAGGAGGGGGCCCAGGAGGCCGAGUGCCUCUGCAAGCCCGGCUACGCCAGCCAGGACGGAUUCCCCUGCCGCAGCCUCUGUGAGCUGCAACCCCACCUCUGCAGCAACGGGGGGAAAUGCGAGUUAAUUCCAGGAAGAGGAGCUGUCUGCAGAUGCCCCGUGCGUAGAAACCAAGGACAGCGCUGUGCCAAAUUUGCUCCAGAACCCUCACAACCCUUCAUUUUUAAACCUCUCACCCUUGGCUUGCUAAGCCUGGGGUUUCUUUUCACCAUUUUAAUGAUUGAGUUAAGAAGAAAAAGCAAAAGAAACUCUCAUUUGCAAAGUUCUACUCUCGACAGCUGCAAUCCAGAAAAUGCUGUAAGGAUUAAUCCUGCUUUUGAACAUGAUGAACCCAUAACUACCUUUUGUCAUACGGCCUGUAGUGUAAGUGCUUGUGUCAGUUCCUCAGAGGUCACUCAGCAUGAAGCAUUCCAUGAGCUUGAAAACACAAUCCAGCAGGGAGGUAAAAUGCAUGGAAAUACUUUUCUUACCACUUAA